AUGCUUACCUCUCUCUCUCUCUCUCUCUCUCUCUCUCUCUAUCUAUCUAUCUAUCUAUCUAUCUAUCUAUCUUUUGAUUCCUUUCUCUUACUGCUACUCUUUUCUUUUCCCCCACUUCUUUACUAUUUCGUCACUUCUCUCCUCCUUUUUAAUCUACUAAUGUUUUCUCUUCUGCUUGAUUUUUUCUUACAUCUUUCUUCUACGAUUUAUGACCCAUUUUGUCACCUUUCUCCUCCUUUCUCUUUCUUUCUCUCACUCUUUCUUCAAUCACAAUCUCUUUUGGUCUUUACUCGUUUAACUGUUCCUACGACGUUCUCCCCUCAACAUCUAUUUCUUAUGCCUGCCUAUCUAUCGCAAAUGUCUAGUUCUCUUUUCUUCCCAAUCGUUGCAGAAGAAUAUUCGUUUCUUUCACAUCUCGACUUAUUCCUUCGUUCACUUGUCUUAGUAAUAUUCCUUCUAUUCGUUUCCAUUUUUACUUCAUACAUAUUUUUCAGUUCAACUCGUUUGCCUUCAUUUUUUCUUCUUUUCUAUUCUCUAUUUCGAUUCUCAUGUCCUUUUAUUUUUCUCCUUCAUAUUUAUUAUCUCUUUCCUGACAUUUUAACUAUUUUCCCUCUGUCUACAUUCUCUCUUUUAUUUCUCAAGAACUCUUCGUUAUUUUCUCAUUUGUACUUUUCCUUCUUUUUCUUUCCUUAUAUCUCUGUUUUACUCAUUUAUAUUUUAUAUCAUUUUUGUUUUAAUUUAUGUCCUCUUUUUUUUGCCAUCUAUCUCCACACCUGUAACUUUUCUGGGUUGGAAAUUUCUCUUUUUAACUUUCGAUCACGUAGAAUAUUGUCUCUCUUUCUCUCCUUCUUUUUCUUUCUUUCUCUCUCCUUCCUUCUCUUCGCCUCUAUCUCUCUCUCUUCAUUGCAAAAACGAAUAAGUAUUGGUGUAACCAUUUCACUUAUAUUUCUCUCUCUCUCUCUCUCUCUCUCUCUCUCUCUCUCUCUCUCUCUAUCUAUCUAUCUAUCUAUCUAUCUCGAUAUAUGCAUCUCGAUAGAUGCAUCUCGAUAG